AUGCUGUUGACGCUGGUGUCCCUGCUCUGCUGUGUUCCUGCUGCCGAGGCCUGUCUGCAGUGCGAGCGCACCAUCAGGCUCCUGCACGAGGACUUCAUCUUGUCUGCUCCCUCUGUGAGUGACCAGAUAGAGCUGCAGAAGAUCUCGGACCAUGCCUACGUGACCUACGCAGACACUAGCCGGCAACGAAAGGGGGUCAUUGAUCCUACCACCCUGUACAGAGCCAGAACCGAAUACCAGAGUGAAUUUGACCGCUUCUUGAAAAUGGAGCGCACUGGCUCCAUAACAUUCGAAGCCAUUCAGAUCAUGGAGAAAGGCAGGAAGAUCUUAGAGAAACACUUGGACGCCUUCAUCCGUGAUGGAUUGUGCCCCAACAAGUGCGGGCUUUUGAAUAGAAGAGUAAUGGAUUGUGUCUCUUGCCAAUACAAGAUGUACAUCUGUCCGUCUCCGUCUGGCCAGCAGGACUGCGGCGAGCACCCAGUGCAGGCUGAGGAGGGAGGCCAGGCGGUGUUGAACUGUUUCCUCCCAUGGCAUCGUCUUCUCUUGGGAAAGCUAGAGUACCACUACUCCUGGGCCCCAAGAGCACCAGGAACUGAAAAGCUGGAUGAAAGUGACUUCAGGGCUUUGGUGGUGACGGACGACUCAUCUGUGGUCUUGAAUCAGCUGCGCGUGGACGAACAGGGAACAUAUCGCUGCUCUCUGCAAGACCAAAACGGAACCAACUUCUAUCGAGUCACUUUCCCACUCACCGUCGCCCCUCUGCCUCGCCAGACUCCCCGAUCGUUCAACUCUCUGCCCGCCCUGCCUCAUGGAGACAACCACUCACCUUUUCAACUUACGGAGGACCUGCUGGUGCCAGUCAUCGCCAUGGUUACUGCUCUGAGCCUGACAGCGAGCGUAGGCCUCACAGUUGUCCUGGGAUGGAUGGUGAACCAACGGAGAGCAGUGAUACAGUUGAGGAGAAGGAGGAGGGAGGAACAGAACGCAGAAAACAUGGUGUGAUUAAUUUACUGUCUGCAGUCAAUACACGCUUCAGCGACACGAGGGUUUUUCCUCUUUUUAGGCUGUAAGUUUUGCUCUGCGGUCAGAUAAAUUUCCCAGCAGCAAGUGCGGUGUCAUGUCUAGAAGUGAGAAUGGAAGUGAGAAUAAAUUUUGGCUACAUAUGAAUGAGGUGUCGUUGA